GCGCAAGGCCUUGUCUACGGCUUACCAGUACAGUGACGAAGCAUUUUCCAUGAUAUAAACCGCGAUAACCCCUCAGUGAACAGGCGAGUGAUUAAUAUAAUCUUGGCAGUUUAUCGCCGGAGUUCUAGUGGAGAGGACCAUCCGGGCAUCUUCAAUUAAAUCAGGUAGAAGGAAUUCGUGAAUUCUUUCCAACGAAAGUGCAUGGUCUCAAUCUACGCGUAACUACAAUUGGAACGUGACUAUGCAUGGUUCAACUUGACUUCAUAUCCCUCCAUCUCGCUUCUAAGUUGUAGACAAUCGGAGCUGGAGAAAACAUCUCUAAUUUCUAACAAAAAUCUGCCAUCAUGGAGAACUCAGUAACGUCUACAUCGUGCCCUUCGGAGAGACACGAGAUAACCUUCGCAGCCAAGGUCACUUUGGUCGCCAUCUUGGGUGUGUUAGCUUUCGUGGGGGCUGUCGGGAACACUCUCACCAUCCACAUCACCCUGGACAACCGGAAACGGAAACGGAGCGUCGACGCGUUCAUCAUCAACCUGGCUGCAGCUGACGUGUUGAUAGCUUCUGUGAUGAACACCUGUCAGAUUGUGGGGGUCAUGGCUCCAGAGGUCCUCAUUACGCACCCACACAUCUGUGAGGUGAUCGGUAGCAUCUGUGUCAUCGGCUGUGUGGUUUCCCUCGCCACCGCAGCGACCAUCAGUCUCAACCCGCUACCUAUUCAUCGCCAAACGAACAUGGCACGACGCCAUCUUUAACAAGAAAUGGUCGGCUGCCAUCUUAGCCUCGUUUUGGAUCACCGGUAUCCUGUACAAUGUACCGAUGUGGCUAGGCUGGGGUAGCCAUGGUUACGACUACAAGACGAUGAACUGUAUGUAUGACCGAGCCGCCCACUAUCGCUUCACCUUGCUGUUCGUACUUGGAGGUCAUAUUUUGCCCGCCAUCACAGUUGUCGUCUGCAACGGUCUCCUCGUGCGCCACGUCCGGGCAACUAAGCGAGCGCUUGCCGAACACCUGCCGAAGGCCAUGAUACAAGCCGACGACGUCCGAGUGAUGAAGACGCUGGGGAUCGUGUGUACUUCGUUUGUGCUCGGGUGGUUGCAGUACGGAAUCGUGGUGGUCGCGGACUAUCAGGACCAAUGGUCACAGGCAGUCCACUGUACUUCGUUCGUCUUGGCUCACUCCAGUAGCACGCUGAACUGUCUUCUGUACCUCGUGACCAACAAGGAGAUGCGACAGAAGUACCUGGCCGUCUUUUGGAAGAAAAUGAAGGACAACAUAAGUGACAUACGCCGCAGCUCUGGUGUAGAUAUCAAUGGCAAGCGAGGAUCUUUUGCCAAAAAUCCGGAUGAGGCAAUAGCUCUAAGGGGCUUCAACAACCUGGACUGGGACGCUUAAAUGUAGGAAAAGCUGUAUAUUUAUAUUAGUGUGAAAACACGUAGAGAAAUAUAUAUAUGGUAGAUAAAAUGUAAUUGAAAAGUACAAAUGUACUAGUGCUUAAGGAAGAACCUCCAGUGUGCACGUGCAGUGUUUCGUGCAAUGCGUAUUAGUUUGUGCAAUGCCAUUGGUAUCAUUUUAGUGACAUCCAUUAAAGUUGUAACUUUCGACCAUUUCUAAUUGGCUCUCUCAUUGUUUGGCAAUCGCCGCGUAUUUCCAGCCCAAC